UUGUUGAAAAUGAGGCAGCAUUCUCCAUGGCAACAGCAGCCCUAUGAGGCUGUCGCAGCUAAUCCUCAGGAGCUUACUCAACUCUUACUUCUCAUAAGAGGGUUUUACCCGCAGCACUAAUGCCCAAGAAUUCUCCCCAAACAAGCACCGGAUCUUCUGUUUAUCCAACCAGAGGAGGAAAACAAACCUAGUUACAGCAGCCGAGAGGAGCAGAGAGGAGAACGGUAGGCCCAGUUCAGCCGCAUCUCCUUGUUGUCUCAAGCCCUAAGCCAGUCCUGGGAGCUUGAGGGAGUCGGACAGCCUUGGUAGGAACAUGCACUUCAGGAGCAGUGCGACCACUUUGCUGCUGCUGCGUCUUUGUAUGCUGGGGAGGGUGCUGGAGGUGAGAGGGCAGAAGCGGGGGUACCUGCAGGAGGCUCUCAGGGCCUUGGAUCUGCCCCUGGGUACUGACGAUGAGCCACAGCUCCAAAAGAACCACACCAGCGUCCUGAUCACCAAGCUCCUCGGGGCGGUGCACUGUGCAGAGCAGACUGGCACCUCUCAGGGCGUCUGUGAGAAGUGCCUGACACCAGACGUAGCUCUCUCUGUGUUAGAGGAUGAUAAGAAAGCUUACCUCACUAAGGAAGACUACCAGCGGAUCUCCACUGUUCUGCUGUACUACAUAAUUAACCUGCAAGACUUGUGUGUGUCAAAUGCUGCCUCUCCUUCCUCCCUUUCCUCGUCCUCCUCCUCCUCCUCCUCCUCAUUUGGGAACUAUCAGUUUUACCUUUUGGCCCUCACCAAUCUACACCCAGCUGAGGACAACCUCUUCCUAUCAUCCAGUGAAACAGAAAGUAUUCUACAGCUCAUCAACCAGCACUACGACCCCUCCAAUCAAGACAGCUCACCUGAUUUGCAAUGUAUUGAUGCCGCUCGCCUUCUUGAAGAUGUAAACGUACAAGAAAAUCCAGGUGCUGGUGCAUCUUCUGUGCCCAAACUGGCCGCAGUGAUCAUCACCCACAUCCUGCAGGGCCACUGUUUCAGAGGGAGGAACCUCCCGUCUCCUGCUUUCUUUACCGACUUUAUCUUUCAAUCCCUAAAUCGCACAAGUAACCUACAGAUAAUAGACUUGGAGGAGUUGCUUCAUCAGCUGGGAGUAGGACGGGAGGGAGCGACACACUCUCACGACAGGAAGAGGCGGAGCAUCACAGGGAGUUCACAGAAAGGGGCGGGGCGUCUGCUGGAUAGUUGCAACCAUGCAAGUGGAGCAAUAAGCAGAGACUGGGCACAGGAAUGUUUUUCAGCCAAUCAGCUGGUGGAUAUUUUUGAUCUGAAUCCUCAUUUGCCAAUUUCCAAGGAGCACUUCAGACAAAUUUGCCCAGCCAUCAUUCAGCAGUUGCUAGGCAAUGCCUGCGAGUCUGCAGAGCAAAAAAGAGGAUCUCUGCCCACUGCUCUCGAGAAGUAUGGCUACAGCACGGCUGCUGUCCUGCUCAUCACGGUGGGCUCCAUGCUCGGCAUCUGCCUGAUCUUCUUCAACUCCUGCCAGGAAACCUACACACUCAUCCUGCAGCUGUUUGUGGGCCUGGCAGUGGGAACCCUCUCAGGAGAUGCACUCCUGCACCUCAUACCACAGAUCCUUGGUCUCCAUGAUGACACUCACAGUCAUGAUGACGAAGACUUUACAGAAGGAAAGGAGUAUCUGUGGAGGAUUCUGGGCAUGAUCGCAGGGAUCUAUGGCUUUUUCCUUAUUGAAAGAAUCUUUUCCUUUUUUGUUCCUUCUCAUGGCCAUGGUCAUUCUAGCGGCCUUCCGUUAGAGCUCAACUGCAACAGUCACUCACAGAGGGGCAAGUCCAUCUCCACCAUACAGCUGGGACCAGUGGAUGACUUGGAGUGUACAGAAGUAUCUCCUGAACACACAGACACAAGGAGGCCUCCACAUCAGAGACAAGGGGUUCCUCUUCUGGCUGUGAUGGUAAUCGUGGGAGACAGCCUUCAUAACUUUGCCGAUGGCCUGGUUAUCGGGGCAGCCUUCUCCUCUUCAGCCGAGUCCGGCAUGGCGACCACUGUGGCCAUCCUGUGCCACGAGAUCCCGCACGAGAUGGGGGACUUUGCAGUGUUGCUCAGCUCCGGACUCACAGUGAAGACUGCUGUGCUAAUGAACUUUCUCAGCGCUCUGACGGCCUUCAUGGGCCUUUACAUCGGACUGUUUGUUUCCUCAGAUAUGGAAGUGCAGCAGUGGAUCUUCACUGUUACUGCUGGGAUUUUCCUCUAUUUGUCACUGGUAGAAAUGCUUCCAGAGAUGAAUCGAGUGAAGACCGACAGACCAUGUCUCAUGUUUCUCCUACAGAACCUCGGUCUGCUGAUGGGUUGGGCCUGUCUUCUGCUCCUCGCACUCUUUGAACAUGAACUCAAAUUCUAAUUGCAGUGUACAUGACGUAUCUCUCCACAUGGGGAUGAGUCGAAAAAACAUGUUGACUUGUUUUCUAGUGCUAUUGUGUGGAACCAGGAUGUUUUAAAAAAAUCAUUAUUGGUCAGUGAGUGAGUAUUUAUGAUGUUGUAGUCUAAGCACUGGAUGAUAAAUGUACGUUAGCUGUUUGAAUCCUCUCUUUUUUAUACUUUAUGAUUUAUUUUUUUAUGUUAGGUAUCAUGGGUGCCUGUGUCUGGACACUAAAUAGUUUUAACUCUAAUGACCUUAUUUGGCAGCAUCAGGUACAAUUGUGCACAUCUGUUGUUCUGUGAAAUAUUCAUGUUGCCUCAGACAAUCAAAUCACUUGAUUUUAAAGUAAUUUCUCACCCACAAAAUAUAACGUACUGCAAAUCUA